AUCAAUUAUUUAUCCAUUGUUAUUAAUGUGCCUCCGUGUUCCUAUAAAAUGUCAUUACUAAAAGAGAAAGAUCUUCUUUUAAUAAUUUUAUUAACAAUUAUUUUUCAUUACCUGAGGGCUGUUAAUUGCAUUUCUGUCACAAAUGAGAGGUACAGGUUAAAUUAUCAUAUAAUGGCUCCAGCAGGUUGGAUCAACGAUCCUAAUGGAUUCUCUUAUUACCAUGGUGAAUACCAUCUAUUUUACCAACAUAAUCCUGACAACGCUACUCCUGGGAACAUACAUUGGGGCCACGUUAAAAGUGAAGAUUUGGUUCAUUGGAAACAUUUGCCAAUCGCUCUUUCUCCGGAUAAGCUCUAUGAUAAUGGCGGUGUUUUCUCCGGUAGUGGCAUAGUGUUCAAAAACAGUCUUGUACUUAUGUACACAGGAAACGCAAAUCAGUCUAAUGGAACUUACUUCUCAUCUCAAAGUCAAGAGUUAGCUUUUAGUUCAGAUGGUGAACGUUUUAUAAAAUAUACCAACAAUCCUGUUAUUGCAUUUCCUCCUAUAGACGGAGGAAAUGCUUUCCGUGAUCCAAGUAUAUGGCAAUAUAAGGAUAUGUGGUAUGUUAUUUUAGGAAAUCAAAAUAAUUUAACACAGCAAGGAAGAGCACUUAUUUAUUCUUCUUACAACCUACAUACUUGGAAUUACGUCGGAGUUUUAGCAGAGUCAACAGGCAACUUUGGAUACAUGUGGGAAUGUCCCGACUUUUUUGAACUCAAAGGGCGAUAUAUACUGUUAAUGUCUCCUCAAGGAAUUAAAGCGAAUGGUGAUGAUUACAAAAAUUUAUAUCAAACUGGCUAUUUUGUUGGUUCCUACAACUAUCAAACAAAUAACUUUUCGCACAAUAACGUUUUCAUUGAGAUGGAUCAUGGUCAUGAUUUCUAUGCGGCUCAAACAAUGGAAGCGCCUGAUGGUCGACGAAUAAUGAUUGCUUGGAUGGACAUGUGGGAAAGCGCUUAUUUAGAGCAGGAGGAUGGUUGGGUAGGAGCCCUAACUAUACCUAGGGCACUGACUCUAUCACCAUCAGGAAAAAUACUUCAAAAGCCAGUUGAUGAAUUGAGGAGUCUUCGAACAUCCACCUUAUUACGUUCUACCAUAAAUGUAAAAGGAGUAUCAAAACUGCUUGACGCUCGUAGUGCUGAAAUACUUAUUAAGGCGACAUUUAAAAGUACUGUCGCUCGUGUUGGAAUACAAAUAGAUAUAGGCAAUUGUUCGAAAGUUUUAGCCUACCUAGAUAAAUCUAAUAAUAAAUUUGUACUGGAUCGCGGUGAUAAUGAUCCACGAAAAACACUGAUAGAUGUUGUAAACCGAGAUAAUUUUGAAACUUUAAAGAUAAGAAUAUUCUUGGAUAAAUCUUCUAUUGAAAUAUUUUUAAACGACGGUGGAACAACAUUUACCAGUAGAAUUUACCCAAGUUCAACUCCUGCUGUGUAUGCGUUAUCUGAAGGAGCCGUAACUCGAAUGAAGGUGGUUGCGUAUGAACUUAAAAAUAUAUGGAAAGCUAGGUCAUAAAAUCAACUAAAUUCAUUUGUUUGUUUUCUUUUGCGGUUGCUGUAUAUUAAAUAGAAAAAUUUUAUGUUUACCAUAUUUUAAUAUUGUUUAUUACUAACGAAAACAGUAAAAUAGUUUAUAUAUUUCCUCUUUAUCAGUGCCAAUUAUAUGAGUUUGUGUACCUUGCAAUAUUUUCUGAACACUUUUCAAUUUUAUUUUGUUACAACAUUGUCAUUCUAUUAAACCAAAGAUUAAAUUCUAAUAAAAAACGACUUGACUGUUUUGGUAAUUGUUUAUUAUUUCAUUGGUUCUGUACAACAGUAACAUAUGUAUGCA